GUAGCUCAAAUCCUAUGUGGAUUAUUAUUUAGCCCAAGUGUGCUUGGGAGCGCACCUUUCAUAGUCACCCAUGUAUUCCCCUACAGAUUCACAAUGGUUCUUGAGACAUUCGCAAACUUAGCUCUCGUCUACAACAUCUUCCUCCUUGGUCUAGGGAUGGACCUGAGGAUGGUGCGGAUCACCGAGCUCAAACCGGUCAUCAUCGCCUUUGCGGGGCUUCUUGUUGCUUUACCUGUUGGUGCCUUUCUUUACUAUCUCCCGGGAAAUGGCCAUCCAGACAAGAUCAUCUCUGGUUGCGUCUUCUGGUCUGUCGCGCUAGCCUGUACCAACUUCCCUGACCUGGCAAGGAUCCUUGCGGAUCUUAAGCUUUUGCGGUCCGAUAUGGGCCGUACGGCCAUGUGUGCAGCCAUUAUCACUGAUUUGUGCACAUGGGUCCUCCUCGUUUUUGGGUUCGCUUCUUUUAGCAAAGCAGGGACAUGGAACAAAUUUAUGCCGUUCGUGAUAGUCGUCACCGCAAUCUUCGUCCUCCUCUGCAUAUUUGUGAUCCGUCCGGGAAUAGCAUGGAUCUUCUCCAAGACCGUGAAGGCAGGUCACGUCGGAGACACCCACGUUUGGUUCAUUUUAGGAGGUGUGGUCCUAUGCGGCCUGAUCACAGACGCAUGCGGGGUCCACUCCAUAACCGGGGCAUUCCUGUUCGGUCUCUCCAUUCCGCACGACCACAUCAUACGUAACAUGAUCGAGGAGAAGCUCCAUGACUUCCUCUCCGGGAUCCUUAUGCCUCUCUUCUACAUCAUUUGUGGGUUACGAGCAGAUAUUGGUUUCAUGCUCGACUACACUGACAAGUUCAUGAUGGUUGUAGUCAUUUGUUCUUCCUUCUUAGUAAAGAUCGUGACUACCGUGGUCACCUCUUUAUUCAUGCAUAUGCCUAUGCGUGACGCAUUCGCUAUCGGAGCCCUUAUGAACACCAAGGGAACUUUAUCGCUGGUCGUUCUUAAUGCUGGUCGUGAUACUAAGGCGCUGGAUAGUCCAAUGUAUACUCAUAUGACGAUCGCGCUUCUAGUGAUGUCACUAGUCGUCGAGCCUCUUCUCGCGGUUGCAUACAAGCCCAAGAAAAAACUUGUUCAUUACAAGUACCGUACGGUCCAAAAGAUCAAAGGAGAAACAGAGUUUCGCGUCUUAGCUUGCGUCCAUAUACUCCCCAAUGUCUCUGGGAUCACCAAUCUCUUACAAGUCUCAAACCCAACCAAACAAUCACCUCUCAGCGUUUUCGCCAUUCACCUCGUGGAGCUCACCGGUCGAACCACGGCCUCGCUGCUAAUCAUGAACGACGAAUGCAAACCAAAAGCUAACUUCUCGGACAGAGUCAGGGCAGAGUCCGACCAAAUCGCUGAGACCUUCGAAGCUAUGGAAGUCAACAACGACGCAAUGACGGUUCAGACCAUCACCGCGGUCUCUCCUUACGCAACUAUGCACGAAGACAUCUGCGCGUUAGCCGAGGACAAGAGAGUUUGUUUCAUCAUAUUGCCUUACCACAAACACUUGACACCGGACGGUCGGAUGGGAGAAGGAAACUCUUCUCACGCUGAAAUUAACCAAAACGUUUUGAGCCACGCCCCUUGCUCGGUCGGGAUUUUAGUGGACCGUGGUAUGGCCAUGGUCCGGUCUGAGUCGUUCCGUGGUGAAGCAAUGAAAAGAGAAGUUGCAAUGCUCUUCGUGGGUGGUCCAGACGACCGCGAGGCGUUAUCAUACGCCUGGCGAAUGGUCGGACAACACGUGAUUAAACUCACUGUGGUAAGAUUCGUCCCUGGACGCGAAGCUCUAAUCUCGUCCGGGAAAGUUGCGGCGGAGUACGAGAGGGAGAAACAAGUCGACGAUGAGUGCAUCUACGAAUUUAAUUUCAAGACAAUGAAUGAUUCUUCCGUUAAAUAUAUCGAAAAAGUGGUCAACGAUGGUCAAGACACGAUCUCUACGAUCAGAGAAAUGGAAGACAACAAUUCUUAUGAUCUUUACGUUGUCGGAAGAGGAUAUAACUCAGAAACUCCGGUGACUGCCGGUUUAAACGAUUGGAGCAGUAGUCCUGAGCUAGGCACAAUAGGGGACACAUUAGCUUCGUCGAAUUUCACAAUGCAUGCUUCGGUAUUAGUCAUUCAACAAUACUCUGCCACUAAAAGACAAGCUGCAGUCACAGCAGCCGCCGCAACAACCGUUGUGGGAGCGGUCGCCGGUGCUACCGUUAACAAUCAAGAACCCGUUGGUGGUGGGGCUAAGACACCUCGUGAUGCUGAGCCAUUUAUGAAGUCUAUGUAUGAAGAAGAAGAUGAAGAUGAUGAAGAGGAACAUCAAUAUGGAAUUCAUAGCCGUUCGGGUCACGUUGACCAUCCUCAUCUCUUGCGUGUUCAUCAUCUCUCUCGUAAUGGAGUCUUUCUUCGAGAUGUGAAGAAAUGGUUAGCCGACGCACGAGGCGAUGCGAUGCCUGACGCAUUUUGCUGGUCUUGUAAGAGGAGGUAUAAGAAUGGUUAUGUAUGGCAAGAUUUAUUGGACGAUGAUCUUAUCACUCCUAUCUCAGAUAAUGAAUAUGUCCUCAAAGGAUCUGAGAUUCUUCUAAGCUCUCCAAAAGAGGAGUCUCCUCAUGUGGAGAAGAAAGCUUGGGUGACAAGAAACGGAUGUGACGGCGAAACAGACGCUGAAGAAAAACUCCAGAAGUCGAAACUAAGGUCGGAGAAGAUCCAAAAAGAGUCUCCGGUCUUCUGCUCACAGAGAUCGACGGCAACAACGUCGACAGUCACGGAGGAAUCCACCACGAACGAAGAAGGAUUCGUUCUUAAGAAACAAGAUCCGAAAAAAGUCUCCGGCCAAAGAGACGGUUUGACGGAAAACGAGUCGGGUAACGAUGUGGAGUCUGGUCGACCGAGUGUAUCAUCGACGACGUCGUCUUCGAGUUACAUCAAGAGUGAGAGAUAUUCAAGCGUACGUGCCUCUCACGUGUUACGGAACUUGAUGAAGUGUGGUGGUUUGGAUACAAACGAUGCCGUAUUGGUGCCUUUGAAUAAGUCUAGGUCUGGGACUUUUGGUCCGGCUUGGGAAGAUGAACGCAGAUACCAAUACCACCAACAGCACAAUGCUCGAAAAAGCUUUGAAGGAGCAUGGAGUGGCAUAAAGAUGAAAGAGACAAUUGAGUUUUGUAAACCAAAGGUUGCUUCAAGCAAGCCUUCCAUGGCUGCUCCAUUAUGCUCGCAAUGUGGGAAGUUGUUCAAACCUGAGAAGAUGCAUUCACACAUGAAAUUAUGUCGAGGGAUGAAGAAUUCAUCGGCGAAUAAUGAUUUGAUGACAGGCAAUAAUACCGGUAAACCGAGGCAGCAACGGUGCAGAAACAUUCCUGGAAAUCCAUUGGGACAUCAACGUGUAUUGAGGACUACUCUCAAAGAGUGAUAAAUGCGGAUAAUUUGUUUGCUAGUUCAGUGAAAUUCUGUUUGAAUACCAUGGAGCUUGAUUUUUAGUCAGAAAGUGGAUUUGGAUCAUCUAAAUUGACAAUUUGAAUAUUGAUGUCUUUAGAGACUCUUGAUUUUUUCUUCUGAAAAUAAAAACGUGUCUAAUAAACAAAACGUAUCUCA